AUGAAGCUUUCUACAUUCCUCUCCUUGGGUCUUUCGACCAUCGCUCUGGCAGCUCCAACACCGACCACCGAGGAGAAGCGAGGUGUUUUGGCCAAACGAGCCUCAGUUACAGAUACCCCAAGCGCCGGCUUCGCAACCCAGAAUGGUGGCACGACGGGCGGAAAGGGCGGAAGCACCACUACUGUUUCGACUUUUGCCCAGUUCACCGCAGCCGUUGCGGACGACACCGCACGUAUCGUUAUGGUCUCUGGACCAAUCAGCUCCACGGGUAACGUCAAAAUUGGCUCCAACAAGAGUAUCAUCGGCAAGAGCUCUGCUGCGAAACUUACCGGCUUUACCCUCACCGUAAAGUCUAAGAAAAACGUCAUCAUCCGCAAUCUCUCCAUCGCCAAAGUCGUCGGCGGCGAUGCCAUCGCGGUUCAGCUUGCCCAAAACGUAUGGAUCGACCACUGCGACCUAUCCUCGGACAUGGACCACGACAAAGACUACUACGAUGGCCUCCUCGAUCUGACACACGCCGCCGACUUCAUCACCGUGUCAAAUACCUACUUCCACGACCACUGGAAGUGCUCGCUUGUUGGCCACUCUGACUCAAACGCCGACGAAGAUACCGGCCACCUCCGCGUCACCUACCACAAUAACUACUGGAAGAACAUCAACUCCCGCGGCCCGAGCAUUCGCUUCGGAACCGGCCACAUCUUCAACAACUACUACGAAAAUGUUGCUGAUGGUAUCAACACCCGGGACGGCGCCCAAGUCCUCGUCCAAAACAACGUUUUUGUAAACUCAAAGAAACCGUUGUAUAGUACUGAUGAUGGAUAUGCGGUCGCCAGCGGAAACGACUUCGGAGGCGCUAGCAAUGAGGCUUUGGCAGGAACCCUGAACACUGCGCCAUAUACGGUGCCCACCCUUUUGGCUGCCAGCGCAGUUAAGGAUGCAGUUGUGGGUUCUGCGGGAGCUACCUUGUCGUUCUAA